AUGCAAGCAGGCUGGGUACUCAGAGAGGAGGGUCCGGAUCAGCGUUACGCUCCCGAAAACGUAGCUGAAAUACCCCCGCUCGAGGGGGUAGUUCUGCAUAUGUCAGCCUUUGUCUCCUAUUAUCACAAGGGAGAUCUGCACUUUUACAACGAUCCUGACGAUGUUCCGGAGCUGAAUGUUACCGUACAAGUGGAUGUUCCUAAGAGAAAACGGCCUCCGAAGCAGCGAAAAAGUGAGACUGAAGAGCAAUUCCUCCGGAGCGAACGUUACCUGGAAUGGCUUGCAGCGGAGCCUCACGACGUCGAAGUACAACCAAAAGAAAACUCUAUAACUCAGAUAUUCUAUACCAAGAAGAUCCUUCCGUCACAUCUCAAAGAAAUGCAGGAAGUUGAGCGGAAAACGGGUAAAAAGUGUGUUCUUCAGAAGGAUAAUAACCCAAGUCACGGCACUCAAUCAGCUGUAAACUACGCACGAGAGUAUAAACGAAAGCACAACAUCGAGACUCUGAAACAUCCAGCCCAAUCACCGGAUCUCAAUCCCAUAGAAGCCGUGUGGAACAUUCUAAAGCAGAGGAUGCGUCAUAGGAAGUGA